ACUUAUCUUGGCGUCUGUAUGAAUAAUGUCAUUAAUAACAUAUAAAUCAUAACAAUUACGCUGUUAAAUAAGUAAAAUUCAUCAGUGCAAUAACGUUUCGUUUCCAGUUUCUGUGAAAAGGCUGUGAGCAGUCGGAAUUAUCGGAAUACAUUAGGUAUUGCAGCGGCGUUCAUAGAAAAUGGGCAAAAAAGUAAGAGAAUACCAAGCUGGGGACUUUAUCUUCGCUAAAGUAAAAGGCUACCCAGCAUGGCCGGCCAGGGUGCACAAGCCGAAUGGAAAGAAAUAUUUAGUAUAUUUCUAUGGCACGGGAGAAACUGCAAAUCUCUCCCCGAACAUGAUAUUUGACUAUGCGGAGAACAAAGACAAGUUUUUGACUAAAACUGUGAAACGACGGGACUUCAACGACGGUGUGAAACAGAUAGAACAUGAUUUCGCUAAUAAUGUACCAUUGGAACAAGUUAUUGGGAUCGGUGCUGAGAUACCACCAGCUGAAUCUUCAACUCUUGAAGCAAAUGACUCUGUUGCAAAUGAUACUUUGGACGAAACUGGCAUGGACACCACUGCCGCUGAUGAAACUAUGGCUGAAGAGCCAACCCUAAACACGACUCAAAAUGACACCGCAGUGGAAGAUUCAGAUGACACAGGCAACCUGGUCAUCGAUGAAGGCAAGCAAAAACAACAGCCCAAAAAGGUGAAACCGGAAACCAAAGCUAAGGAGACUCCGGUGAAACCCGUGAAGGAGCCAAAGACUCCUCGGGGCAAAGGGAAGAAAGAUGAACCGGCUAAGGACGAUGAUGAAGAGAAGAAAGAGGAGGAGAUUGUCAGCAGAAGUGGACGGAAAAUACGACCGAAAAGGUAUAUAGACGAACAAACGGAGGACAACGCAACGCUCCCGUCACCGGCGCCAAAGAAACGUCGUGGUGCGUCCCCAACACCGGAUAAGGAGAAGGAAAAGUCUGAGCCCAAAGAAAAAGUACCGGAUAAAAAUAUUAAACAGUUCAAUGCUGUUACACAGUCUGAACUUGAAGAUCUGAAAGAGCCGUUUAAGUCAGAGGAUGCAGAAAAAGAAAAUAUACUCAUAGCUUACCUACCAUCGGGGCGGUAUGUUGGCAUCAAACUCUUCCAGUCAAGACCGAGCAGCUUCAAGAACGAAGCCUCAAGGCUGCAGUGGGAUAAGCAGGCUGCUUCCAACGCUGUCACGUUGAAAAUGCAAUUAGAAAAAGGUCACAUAUCAUAUAACUCAGUCGUGGCUCAGCUGGUAACGGAUCUGAACCUCACUGACGAAGAGAAGGCAACCCUCGACAAAGAAAGGGAAACCGAAGAGAAGAAAUCUCGAGUACAGUUCUUAAAGACUGAGAUGAAGAUGAUUGAGCUGGACGCAAAGAUCAAGACUUGUUUGUCGUUAGAGAAGGCCGAGACUGACACGUGUUUGAAACUCCUCGACGAUUUAUUGGCCUUAGACAUAAAACCUCUAAUGCUGCUAAAACAUCCGACCUGCUUGGAGACUAUCAAAAGAAUGCGCGCGUACGUUGGCAACACACCGUCGUGGGAACUGUCAGAGAGCGCCGCGCUAGUGUUCACCAAACAAGCACACAAGAUCAGGAAACAGGCUGAUGCUGUAUAUAAAAAGAUGAGAGAUCUUUUCACACCAUUGGAAGGUCUGUCAUUCUGGGAGUAUUUCACGAAUCGGGUGAUGAGAUUCAAGAAGGCUACAGGCAACCUCAGCGCUGACGAACUACUGGAGUUAAUACAUGAACCUUUUGUAAUGUCAGAGACAGCAUCAGUAGAUAUGAAGGAGGCGGUCGACACAGCGAACGAAACUGAACAGAAAGAAUUACUACAGCCUGAUGGAGAAGAUAAAAAUAAAAAGAAAACCACACCAGCGAAAGCAAAGAAGUCAUCGUCAGCGAACAACGUAUCAAAAACACCAGUAAAGAGACAAUCCUCUAGAAAAUUACAAGAUGACAAAGAAAAAGAGAAGGAAAAAGACUCAGAAACGACAGAAGCAGAAUCGACAACAACUUUGACAGAACCAACAGAAGCAGUAACUACACCAGAAGACCAAGAAGAGACGACAAAACCACAAGAAGACACACAGAAAGUAGAAGAACGUGAAAAGACCCCAGAGAAGACCCCAGAAGUGGUUGAAAGUGAGAAAGAAAAAGAAGUAAGCGAGGAGAAUGGUGAUUUGGGCAAUGGUGAGAAGGCAGAAGAAGAAGUUGAGAAGGAGAAAGUAAAAGAAAAAGAAGAGGUCGGUGAGCCUAGAGCGAAACGAUCGAGAGAGAACAAGAAGACUGAGCCCCCUCCACCAAGGUCACCGGCAAAGCGAAAGUCUAAAGUUUAAUAAUAUUGUUUUUAUAUAUACUUUAAAUACACAAGAAACGUCGUAUUUUAUUUUUAUACUGACGACUGUAGUCGUCUGAGCGAUGUGGAUGCAUUUCUAUAUUGUUAUAAACAAAUAUAAGUUCUAUAGUGCUCGUUCUACCAUUUACGAGGAUGCCCAAUCAGUUUCGGGCUCGAUCGGAGCCUAUAGUCAUGAUGUGAUGUUAUGCUGUGUACUGAGCUUGAAGCUUAUUUACUAUAUAGAUAAACGACUUAAACAGGAAUUGAAUUGCGGUCUUUAGCUGUUGCACAGUUAGCUAUUUUGUUAAUUUUAAAAUUGUAUAAAAAAUAUUGUAUUAAUUAAGUAAUAGCUAUUGGAUUUUGCAACUACUUUAUCUAAACUAUAUGUGAAUAUCAUUAUUAUAGAAUUCUAUGCAGACAUUUCGGAGUUUUGUGCACAUACAUUUUAAAAGAUCAAUUUUUAAACUUACUUAUAAAGAAGAACGAGGAUCUCAGUUCUAUAUGAAUGUAUGUAUAUGUGAUUGUCCGCCAUUAUCUCGGCAUUGCCUGAACAAAUUUUGAUGCGGUUUUCAGACAAGUGUUUGUUACAUUUAUGAACUGAACUUGAAGAAUACUUUAUUGAAAAUUAUUUUUAUUUAUUAAGUUAUACAAUAUAAGAUAUGCAUCCACAACAACAAGAAAAACAAAAUAUCCUAAUGACAUAGAUUUAAUGUAAAAAUUUAAAGUAAAAACCAGUUUCUAUGAAAUUUAUUUGAUUUGUAAUCACACAACUAAGUUGAUUUUAAACUGCACUAUACAAAAGUUCAAUGUUUAGACUAAACAUGCUAAAAUAGCCCUUAAUGUAAGGAAUUAUGGUUUGAUUUAUCUCUGAUAGGUUUAACUCGAGUUUUUCAGUCAAUUGUAUUGCCUCUACUCUCAAGCAUUAUAUUGUUUGAUGUAUCUUUAAUAUGUCGUGGUGGCCCGGAGGUUUAAGACGCCCGCUUUUCAUGCGCGGGUCUGA